GGCCAGUCCCUCCUGUGAGCACUUGUUUCGCACAAUCGAAAGCGAGCAAUGUGUCGCUGCCGAUGCGGUGUGUGUGGUGCUUGCUGCACGGGAUGUUUCCUUGGUGCUUUUCUGAGCUUCAUCCUCACUGCUGUAGUUCUGUGUUCUGUCAUUACUGCGGCAAUCUCAUAUCCAGUUCUAAAGUGGGCUUCAGAGCACAAGGUGGCACUUGGAGAAGUGGGAACAUGUUUGAAUGGAACAGUUCUGAGAGUGAACCAGACUUUGCAGAAACGACUGCCUGAGAAGUGCUUCGAUCUUCUUUGUGACAAGUGCAACAGUAACGAUCUCGACCCAGAGAUGAAAGAGAAAUGUGAAGAGUGCCUCUGUGAAGCUGAGUAUCACAUCCAGAAAAUGCAGCCGCCCUUGGAGCCCCAACUGCUGGAAUGCUGCAAGCCACUUUCCAAGGACAAAGGGACGGUGUUCCUGGUUGAAUUCUGCGAGGAUCUGGUGACAAACAUGACCGCAGAGUUAGAGAAAGAAACCGAGAAGUGUGAAAAGAAGAACAUCAUCAUGAGUGCUCAACCCCUGUUGCUCCAAGGCUUUGUGACUCUGCCAAAGAAUUUCAUCACAGUUCCCAGGGCUUCAGAGUUUAUUCGGCUGCUCUCUUGGACUCCAUAUCUCCAAGGCAUUGCAGCUUCCAUCCUGCUGAUUGUUGGCUUUGCUUCGCUGGCUUUCGUGAUCAAACAGGUCAUGUUGGGAAAGUCUCGCCUUAGCAACGUCAGCCUUGAAGAGCAGCUCCUUAGUUGAAAUUUAUGACUUGGCUUCCCAACGAAUUCAAGAAGGAUCAUUGAUAGUCUUAUUACCAAAAGCAGUGGACACUGCUUGGAUAUUUGAGAUUGCCACGAGUACUGACUACGUGGUUUGCAUCGUCUAGCUCAGAAAGUUCCGUUGACAUAGUGCGAACAGUGCAGAAGGCAGCAAAA